AUGCGGAACGAUCUGGUACAGCAAGGGGUACGCUUUUUGCAGCAUUCCAAUGUGCAGGAUACGCCAUUAUCGGAACGGCUACUGUUUCUCGAGAAAAAGGGUCUUACACCUUCAGAGAUUGCAGCGGCACUAAAACUUAGCGAGGAUAAAAAUGUAUCGCGUGCGGCACAAGCUGUCGCCUCUGUGACGAGUAGUAAAAGUGGUGAACGUCUACAAGAUCGUAUAGGCGUCAUAGUGGGCGGUAAUAUCGGGUUGGGAUUGUUUAUAGCAAUUAAAUUGGCCAAAGAAGGCGCUAGACUUGCUAUUGUCGGUGAUAAGACUGCGAACGUUUCAGUGGCAGACAGCGUAGAGGCUCAAUUUAAAGCAGCAGAAGGAAUGAAUCCUGUGAAGAUUUACGAGGGUGAAUUGCACAGGUCAAUCUUCAUAGACGAGACGUAUACUGCCAUCUCGCAAGAAUUUGGACGAAUUGAUUUUGUAGUCAAUUGCAUACCAUCACCAAAAGAUAGUGGUAUAAAGAAUGCGAGUCUGGUAGACGUGGACGCUGCCGCUUGGGAUGAAUCUAUGGGUGUGUCUGCCAAAGCUGUGUUCCUUAGUUGCAAACGAGCCGUACAGCAGAUGCUGACGCAAGAUAAUGGAGCUGUGCGUGGCCGUAUUGUCAACAUCUCGUCGAUGUAUGGUAUGGUCGCACGUAAAGGCCAUUUUACAUUUGGAGUGAGCAAAGCAGCAAUUGUACAGCUUACACGUCAAAUUGCUGUUGAGUAUGCAGCAAGCGGAAUUGUGUGCAAUGCUGUGGCUCCGGGCUUUAUUGAUGAUUCGAUCAACCGAGACGAUUGUCUCCCACCAGCGUCAAGAAAUAUCAUUCCAGCUGGAGAACCUGGCAAGUCAAUGGAUGUAGCAAAUGCCGUCACUUUCCUUGUGUCGGAUGAUGCUCGGUAUAUUCACGGUAUAAAUUUGCUUGUGGACGGUGGCUACAUGGCUUGUUAA